UACUGGAUCCUCAAAUCCGAAAUGCGAAUCACCUAAUCGCGGUCCUAAAGUCGUCCUUAGUUUUAAUUUUCCCAGUAGCUUGUUGGAGUAAUAUUCAUCGCGGUUUCAAUAAUGGCCGAAAAUUCUAAUUUAUCGUCAUCUGCAACCAAUUCUCCAAUUCGCGUGUCCGAAUAUUUACCGCAUCUCCUUCAUUUUACGCUCUCGCAGGCUGUAAGAGACACUCCAGAGUUUUCCUCCCCUUUGCCAUUGGAUUUUUGUGCAAAACUUUUGCAGAGCGAGCCUCAAAAUGCCUGCUGUUGCUCUCAAUAUCACCAAUCCAAGCAGGAGAGCAAUUGUUGUGAUUGUGUAUGUCACGCUGAUGUUGCAGUAGCUGUCAGGGAAGGAGUGCCAGUUUACCCAUUGUAUAAACAAAUAGCAUCUACAUUGUCUGAAUCCAUAACUUCUGGAACAUUUGUUAGAGAGAAUGCAUCUAUGCCAGGACUGCACGAGGAUGAGACAUUGACUUUGAAGAUGGACGAGUGGAUCAAAAUGAUUGUUAAAAUGGGAUCUCACUUAAUAGACGUGCUUCAGAGGGCGAAAUUUCAUAUUGAUGUGCAAGAACCUUUCUUCACGCAACUCAAAAAUGGACAAAAGACAGUAGAAGGAAGAUGUGCUCUUGGUAACUAUAAAAGAAUCUUGCCAGGAGAUUUAUUGCUUGUAAACCGGUGCUUAUUACUUACUGUGCAGGCUGUCAAUUGGUACAAUUCCUUUUAUCAAAUGAUAGAGGCUGAGAGUAUUGAGAAAGUUCUUCCGGGCAUUGAGACAAUAGAAGAAGGAGUACAGGUAUACCGGCAGUUCUACAGUGAAGAGAAAGAAAAAAGUGGUGGUGUUUUAGCCAUUGCUGUUGUUAGAUCACUUCCGCAGCCCUACAUUAUUCUAUCUGAUAUGCUCAGAGAGUUGAACGUGGAAGGACUCAGCGUCCUGUUGGGACUAAGAUCUACAACUGGGACCGUUCCUGAUGCAGUUCCACCUCCCAGAUCUACUCUAAUGUCUUCUUUCUCAUCUCUCAACAGAGAAAAUGGUACAGGAAAUAAAUUGACAGUGGGAGCACGAGCGUUAGCAAAACAUGUUCAUAGAAGUCGUGAUGGAUGGUGGGGUCCUUUCACAGGUAAAGAAGUUGAGAAAAACAACUUUGCAAGAGAUAUUGUUAGUCAUAUCAUUUCUUGUGCACAAUGGACAAAUAUUUAUCAUGUUCAUCCGAAUAAGUGUAUUUUUGAAACAAGAACCAAAGAGGGUUAUGGUGCCCGAUGGUCUAGAAAUGGAACAGAGUUUAUAGGAUUUCUAGAGCCACUAAUGAAAGAUGGACACUCAAAACGGUGGAGGCAUUAACCUUCUGUAUAAUUGCUUCACUGCCAGUCUUAAAUGUUUUCCAAGCAAUCAGAUUUGAAUGAGCGUCAGAUUUUGACAGUUUGAAAUACAUCUCGGAAUCAAUCAGAUGUGCCGAAAUGUUUGAAAUGGGGCUUGUUCAUUCUUGUGAGGAAAAUGAACGUUAAGAGGUAUGCCAUGAGUUUUCUGCACCUUGGACAUUAUUGCUAAUCAAAAACGGCAGGAAAUGUUAGCAUGAUAAUUGAUUAGUCUUUAGUCAAAAACAACGAGGGAAUGGUGCUACAUUGUGCAAUAAAUAGCUUUACAUAUAUGGACAUUAUCUCAAACCAAAUCAUUCAAGACAUUCCCUAUGGACUUGGUAGAUGUUACCCAAGGCAUAUAUUCUUAAUAAUUAUAUGUAUAUUGUCGUUGAAAUUUUUCGAAGUGGAUGUUAGGU